GAAACAGAAAAAGAGGAAGAUGAAAAAGAUGGAAAAGAAGAUGAAGAGAAAAUGUAGAACCAGACCAUCGAAGUGAAUCACAAGUGACCGAGGAAAAAAGUGCUUCAGAAGAGUCUGCUCUAAAGGGUAGACUGCCGAAAGAAAUGUCUCCGCCUAUAUCAUCAAAGAAAAUAAGCUCACCAUCGCUAAUAAAUGUUGACGAUGAUAAAGAAAGUGAUAAAUGUAAAAAUAAUGAAAAUAUUGAUGAUAGUGAUAACGAUGCUGGUGUUGGUCAAGCAAAUUCAAUAUCAGGUGAUUCUGUUGUUACUCUAGGAACAGAUUCACUUUCUGAAUCAGUUUCAAGUUUCACAGUAUCAGACAGUUCGGAUUCAAGUGAUAAAAAGACCAAAAGAAAGAAGAAAAAAUCUUCAGCCAACAGUAAAAGUGUCUCACCAACACCUAAUCCCCCCACAGGUAAACCUUCAUCAAGGAGCAAAUCUGGUAAAAAAGUGACUAGUGAUAAAAAGAGUAAACCAACAAUUGAUGAACAAUCAACAACAACAGCAACAACAGCAACAAUGGAAGGUGAUGAACCAAUGGAUGUUGAUAAAGAUUGUGAUUCAUCAACAGAUACCAGUGAUGAUAUUUAUUUAAACUCCGAGGUAUCAGUUCAAUUGUUGAGAUUACCCAAAGAACUGGUUGAAUCGACAGCUUCAGCAAAAUCCAUUGAACGGAGAGUGCGUCAGUUGGAGGCUAAUGUUUUCAAAGAUUUGGAUCUAAGAUGGUGUAAAAAGAAGGCUAAAUCUACUUCUCGUCAUCCUUUACCAUCUUGUUCCACCUUGAACCGGUCAAAAAUGACCUCAUCAAGGAAAAUAGUUGACAGUGAAAGUGAACAAGAGUCGCUUAGCGAUGACCAAUGGAUGCCAUCAACAAGUCGAGGAGUUAAACCUCGAUCAAAUAAUAAUAAUAAUGGUGGUGGUGGUAGAUCCAAUUGGACAGCAGUUGAUAGUAGUGAUGAUGAUGAUACAAAUAGUGAUGAAGAUAGACCUGUAAAGAAAACCAGGAUUACCAGGCGAAGUGCACGAAUUGUUACCGAUUCCGAAGCAGGUCCAAGUGAUGAGAAGAAAAAAUCAACAAUAAAUACCCGUAAAAAGCGUAAUCGUGUCAUCUCCUCUUCAGAUGAAUCUCAAAUAUCUUCCGAUAAUGAAAUAGUUAAAUCAGAUGCUGAUGAAAUUAUUUCUGAAUCUGGUACCGAUGAGGAUAAUAAGAUGUUAAAGAAAAAUAAACCUAAAUCAAAACGCCGUAGAGUUGUUACCUUGUCCUCUGAUGACGAUGAUAAAACUGGUAAAAAGAAAGAAAAAGCACCCGCCGGUGGAGCAAAAGGUCGGCGUAAUAUUAAAAAAUUAUUAACCGAGAAAGAAUUGAAAGAAGAAACCAAAGCCGCUGGUCAACGGGAAAAGGAGCGAAUGCAGAGAAUCGCCGAGAGGCAGAAACUUUAUAAUGAAUUUUUACUCAAAGAAAUGAAAUUAGAUCCUGAAAAACCAGGUCGAUUGAUUCUCGAGAUUGAUACGAAAACUCGUGAACCAAUUGUUGAAGUAGCACCAGAAUUAGCUAAAAAAAUGAAAGAUCACCAGUGUAAAGGUAUUCGUUUCAUGUAUGAUUCGGUUAUCGAAAGUGUCUCUAAAGCCAAAGAAGAUGGAUCUGGUUGUAUUCUUGCUCAUUCCAUGGGCUUGGGUAAAACCUUUCAAGUGAUCACCUUUCUGCACACUUUACUUUCUCAUCAGCACAUUUCGAAGCAUGUUAAACACGCCUUGGUUAUCUGUCCUGUAAAUACAAUCAAAAAUUGGAUUUCCGAGUUCAUCCAUUGGCUCGACACUGAUGGCCUAUUGACUUUCCCUCUAUUUGAUCUGAGCGAUUCAAAGAGUCCAUUACAACGAGGUGAAACUCUUAAAUUAUGGAAACAGAGAGGAGGUGUUUUAACUUGUGGUUUAACACUUUUCGCUCAAUUAAUUAGUCCUAGAGGUAAAAAACCACCUAAAUGGGUACGUGAUAUAACCCAAGAAACACUUAUCGAGCCUGGUCCAGAUAUAGUUGUCGUUGAUGAGGGACACAUACUUAAAAACAGUCAAACAGCAAUUAACAAAGCAGUCACCUCAAUAUCAACUCUACGUCGUAUCGUAUUAACGGGAACACCAUUACAAAAUAAUCUUGAUGAAUAUCAUGUAAUGGUUGAUUUUGUUAAACCAAAUCUUCUUGGUACACGUAAAGAAUUUACUAAUCGUUUCAUUAAUCCAAUUAAUAACGGCCAACACAUUGAUUCAACGCCUGGAGAUGUUAUCGUGAUGAAGAAACGUGUUCAUGUUUUACAUAAAUUACUGGACGGUUGUGUCCAGCGAUUUGAUUACGGUGUCCUUAAACCAUAUCUACAGCCCAAAUUAGAGUUUAUUGUCUCAAUCCGAUUAACUGAUAAACAAAUUGAACUGUAUCAAUAUUAUCUGAACGAGAUGUCUGCUCGUGAUGGUUCAGGACUUUUAUCUGAUUUUUCAAAUUUUCGACUUAUCUGGAAUCAUCCUGCUCUUUUGUACAUUGCAACAACCAAACGUCGGGAAGCGGAGGCCAAGAAAAAUGAGAAAGAUUUUGUAACAACCGAAGAGGAAGAGACAAUGAGUGGAUCAGAUUCUAGUGUUGCAAUUGAAAGUGAUAAAGAAGUGCAAUCGAAUAAAAAAUCAUCUAAUAAUAACGGUGAUAAUUCAAAUAGUAAUGGUGCUACUGGUGAAGGAGGUAAUAAUGAGGAGGGUAGUGAUACCGAAGUAUCAAAAAAAUGGACUACCCGAACAAGAUCAGCUAAAGUUGAAGUUAAAGUUGAACAACCAGAGAUUAAUCAAAACGAUCCGGAAGCGGAAUUUAGAAAUUGCUGGUUUUAUGAUAUGUUGCCCUUCAUGGAAAUGGAUAAAUUGGAAUGGAGUUCAAAGAUGACUGUUUUGUUUUAUAUUCUCGAUGAAUGUGAAAAAAUUGGUGAUAAAGUGAUCGUUUUCACUCAAAGUCUUGAUACUCUUGAUUUUAUUGAAGGCUGUCUUGAAAGUCGAUCUCGAGGUUUGGCUGCUGCGGGAAGUUCCUAUUCAUGGAAACAUGGAAUUGAUUAUUUUCGUAUAGAUGGUUCUGUUAGUGGUGGACUUCGUAAAAGUCACAUAGAUAUUUUCAAUAAUCCCGAUAAUCUUAGAGCUCGGCUAUUUCUCCUUUCAACCAAAGCUGGAGGUCUGGGUAUUAAUCUUGUUGGUGCCAAUCGAUGUAUCAUCUUUGAUGCCUCUUGGAAUCCAACUCACGAUAUUCAAGCAAUCUUUAGAAUCUAUCGAUUUGGUCAGAAUAAACCUGUAUUUAUUUAUAGAUUUAUAGCCCAAGGAACAAUGGAAGAAAAAAUCUACGAACGUCAAGUUUAUAAACAAUCGCUUUCUGUUCGUGUUAUCGAUGAGCUACAAGUUGGUCGGCAUUUUAGAGCUCAAGAAUUGCAAGAACUAUAUAAAUUUGAACCUGAUACUAGACAAGAAAGGCCAAUUUUAAAUGUACCUAAGGAUAGACUUCUAGCUGAUCUAAUUGUUAGUCAUAAAGAUUUAAUUGUUAAAUAUCAUGAACAUGAUUCUCUCUUGGAGAAUAAGCCAGAAGAAGAUUUAACUGAAGACGAAAGGAAAAGCGCUUGGUCAGAGUAUGAACAGGAAAAAGAAGCUAUGGCUGAAAGAGAUAGACUCGCCGAUGAACUCGCUCAACAAAGAGAAACAGCUUAUCGUGAGUUCCAAAAGAACAUGCAAAAUCAAGCUCAAGCAGAUCCAAAUCAAGGAAAUAAUCAAGCGAAUAAUCAACAGCAACAACAACAACAAAACCAACCCAAUAGCGCAUUUUUUGAGGCUUAUAACUUUGGUGGUCAAAAUGCAUUUUAUGUUUACAUGAAGCAAGCCCAAGCUCAGGCUCAAGCCCAGGCUCAAGCUCAGGCUCAAGCUCAAGCGCAGGCACAGGCUCAGGCUCAAGCUUUCAUGGCCAGAGCCCAAGCUGAAGCUCAAGCACGUGCACAGCAACAACGGCAGCAGCAGCAACAACAACGCCAACAACAACAACAACAACAACAACAACAACAACGCAACAGCAACCGCAACAGCAACAACGACCUCAGCCACAGCGUCAAAGACAACCACGACAAUCACGACAACCACAGCAACCACAACAGUCCCAACCUCAACCCCAACCCCAACCCCAACCUCAGCCUCAACCACAACAAAAACAACAACAGCAACAACAACAACAACAACGCGCCAAUGCAACGGCUGAUGGUAAGACGAAAAGUCUUCCUCCUUACGAUGUGAUGACUGUCGAGGAUGUUUGGGUAUACGUCGGUGAUACUUUAGUCGAUGAUGCUCAAAAAUUCCAACAAUUAUUCCGAAUUUUAUCUAACGGUCUAUCGGUUGUUCUUCAGAGUUUAAAUAAAUUCAAAGAUGUGAAAAAGCAACGCGCUCUAACACCCGAUGAAGCUAAUCAAGAAUUGAAACAUAAAAAAGAGUUGGAUAAUCUUCAGAAACAAGGUUUUCGUUCAUUGUCAUAUUCAGGAAAUGGCCAAAGUUCAAGUAAGACAAGAAGAGGAACCAAUGAGACUUUCGAGCUUUAAUAAACCAGUAGCGGAAAUAAUCGAGGAACCUGAUUAAUUGUCGAUUUAUUAAUUUCUCAAAAUGUUUCAUAAUUUCUUUGAAAAAAAGAUCCAUCGAUUAUCAUCAUUUUCGUUCUCAAAUCUCAUUCCGAUUUAUAUUCUUCAGAGUCUGUAAAUAUUAAUACCACUGAACAAUUCACUCACAGAUUUAAUUUCCAUGAUUAAUUUAGAGUAAUAGGAUCAAUUCUAUUACUCUUUAAUUGGCCGUACUUUUUUCCCCACCGGUGAAAGGGCACAACGAUUAGAUACCAAGAUCGUUUUCUUUUCUUGACCGCAACCCAAACAUGAAAGAAAUUAAACUUUAAUUGUAAAUCUCAUUUUUCUCAAGUCUUCUAAUCAAUCAUGUAAGAACUGAAUUUACUAAAUCAUUCUCACAUUUAUAAAUAUAAAUAUAUUUCAUUUCGAAAACUGGACACUCAUUUGUACCAUCUCACCGAUUCAAUCGGAUUUCGAUUGAUCAAAUAAAACUGAUUAAUAAUCUUUGA